AUGAUUGAGAGACGAUCUAUCUUAAGGCUCACCGACACUGCCAGUCUGGCAGAACUGGCCCACCGUGAAUAUCAAGCCGGUGACUAUGAGAGGGCUGAACAACAUUGCAUGCAGUUGUGGCAUCAAGACCCGGAAAAUACAUCUACCCUUCUGCUGUUGAGUUCUAUCCACUUCCAAUGCCGCCGAAUGGAGCGCUCAGCCUACUUCAGUCAACUGGCAAUAAAACAAAAUCCUUUGAUGGCCGAAGCCUACUCUAACUUGGGCAACGUGUUCAAGGAACGUGGGCAGCUAAAAGAUGCCAUUGAUAACUACAGACAUGCUCUUGGAAUUAAGCCGGAUUUCAUCGAUGGUUACAUAAAUCUUGCCGCGGCGCUUGUUGCCGCCGGAGACAUGGAGUCAGCUGUGAGUGCAUACGCCACAGCGCUGCAGUACAAUCCAGUGAGUUCUGGGCUGGGUUUUCAUUCGUGUUAA